AUGGCCAAGAGGAAGACCAAGGAAGCACCGACCAAGAAAGACUUCAAGAGAAUCCACAACCUGGAGCCAAAAUACACCGAAAAGCUCGACCAGCUGCGACACAAUCUACAAGAGUCUAUUGAAAGAACCGUCCGAAUCAACCAAGCCUUCAUCCGAGAGCUCAACAAGACGGCCAUCAAAAAUAACCGCAUCAAGCACGUUAUCAAGAUCGCUGAAGAGUUCACGUACUACGCCGACGGUCAGCGCAACCUCAUUGACAAGAAGAUUUCGGACAUUGUCUGCUACGAGCCCAAGAAGAAGAAGCCUCGCAAGACCGAGGAAGAAAAAUUCGUUGACUACUUUUGCCAAUAUAGUUUAAGUUUUGGUAAUUGUAUAUAUUAA